AUGGACCCCGCAGCAAUCGAGUUUCUUCAGAGCUAUGAAAGCGAGCUGGUGGGCAUGCAGCGACCGGACAAGGGAGUAAUAAAUGUCCUGACCAUGCUCGCGUCCGACAACAUCGACGCGCCUCCAGUUGCAAACGGCAUCGUAGCCUGUAUAGAAAAAUGCAUCCGAAUGUUUCCCCCCAACAAGAAGCUCAUCCCUCUCUACCUCAUGGACUCGAUCGUCAAGAACGUCGGAGCCAUCUACACACAUCUCUUCGUGCAGAAUCUGACAGACAUCUUCUGUACCUCGUUCGCUGCUGUGGACAAUCAAACGCGUGCAUCCUACAUCAAGCUGCUUGACACAUGGAAGGCUCAAUCUGUCUUUCCUCCCGCUAAGAACGAAGAGAUUCGCACUCGUCUCGCCGCCAUGCUCCAGUCCGGCAUCCCCUCCAAUCGUCCUGGACUAGACCGGCGACCAGAGCCUGAGAGGAGGGGGAUGAUGCCAGGGGUUCCAGGGAACGGGUCUGGGAUGAUGCCUGGGUACCACGGGGGAGGAAUGCAUCCUGCUGUUGGGAUGAAUCCAAUGCACGGAAACAUCCCGAACAACCCGGUCACAGUCUCAUCCAUACAAGAGCAGCAGACUCUGCUGCAGAACAGAGUGUAUGGUCUUGUCAACUCUUUGAUGCCGCAGCAACCUGCUCAGCCCAUGGGGUUGUCGGGCUUGCCUCCAAACAUGCAGAUGAUAGAAUCUCACCUCCUUCCGCAGCCCAACCCCCUCCAACAGUUGUUGGAGGAUUUUCAGCUUCAACAGGGGCUCAAGGACGCGGUAGGAGUGAAAGAUUCCGUCGAAGAGUAUGCUCCAAGGCAGCUCAACAGUAAGGAUCUCAACAGUCGGGAGGUGUUGGACGUGGUUUACCGGCUCUACGAGGGUCAGCCCUUCAUCUGCAAGACAGACGGGAGAAGAUUCAGAUCACAGGAGGAUCUCAGCAACCACCUUGACCGGUUGUUUGAGAUCAACCGGGCAAAGAAGGAGAACUUGGGGGCACGAGAGCGGCACUGGUUCAAGGUCAUCUCCGAGUGGACCGCGUGCAAGGACCUUGUCCUCCGCAAGCCUGUCGAUCUGAAGGUGCAGGUGGACGGGCAGCCCCCACAAGAGAGCGCAGCCUUUCAGGAGAGCGUCGUGCCUGCUGACGACGGGGCGUUCACCGGGGACCCUCGAUGCUCAGCGUGCAGCGAGAAGAUGAAGAAGGAGUAUGACAAGGAGGAGGAUCGGUGGGUGUUUCGAGGAGCCGUCAGGGUCAACGGCAACGGGCAAGUCGACAGCGCAGGUCUCUUCCUGGUGCAUCAGAAGUGCUACCAGGAGGGCGCCACCUACUCCGACGUCCAUGUUGCCUCGACUCCUCGUACCCAGGAGGCGCUCAGCAGCUGGGGCUCGUGA